AUGGCAGGUGUUUUACCGAAAAAAAUAUCUGAAAUCGACGAAGAUAUUAAAAAUGCGUUAAUUACUGCCAUUGUCCUCACCAAAACUACGCCGAAUAGCUUUCUCAAACGCGGCUCACCCGAGUAUCGUGGCGUUAUAUCGUUUACGUUACGCGACUCAAAACGGCACAUCAUCAAUUGCAAAGUUUGGGGCACCAAAGAGCAAGUCGCCGAAUAUAAUCGCAAAGUGAAAAUUUACGACGUAAUCGAUGUCAUCGCACCGAGUGUUGUGCCCACAUUAAUAUAUGAAAAAUCCACGUUGGCGAACAAUGUACGUUUUCAGCCCCUACCUACAGUGCCAUUUACAUUGGUGUUGAACGAUGGGCAGGGACGAUUGGACAAACACGACUAUCGAGACAUGAACGCCUUAUGUGAUUUACAUAAUUUACGCCGCGUCCCACACAAGCCACUCUGUAGUGCACUCAAAUUGCAGGAUGUACGUUGCAGCAUGAAAGAAAAUAAUUCAGAGCAAUUUGUCGAUUUGCUGGUUUUGGUGGCUGCCCACCGACCUAUCAAGGAGGUGCGCAGUAAACGUAGUGGUGAAGUUCUACACUGUCUUGAAUUAAUUGUCAUUGAUGGCAGCUACGCUGAUGGUGUUGUGCUGAGUAUUUGCCAGUCAGAUUGGAUACAGCGCGCACAGCAAUAUUGGGAAAGUAUGCGCACAGUUUUACAUUUGAUAGAGGUGAAGUUGGGUUAUUCAGAAUUUUACAAAAGUACAACGUUAUCCUUUACCGGACGCACAUUGGCCUAUGAGAAUCCAAUAGGGGAAGAAGUGGAUGCAUUAAUGAAGUUUGCGGAGACUGCGUCCAGCAAGUCUUGGGAUUCGUUGGCCUUCACAAUUAAUAAUAUGCCGGAUGGCAAUCAAAUUACAACACAAAUGACUGUAAAGCAGGUGUAUGCUCGCGCAGAGGGACACCUCAAAGAUGAUACAGAGCAAUUCACAGCCGUUCUUUAUGCUAUGCUAACUCAUUUUGAUUUUGAUGGCACGGGACAGGUCUUAAGCCGCAGAUGCAAAUCCUGUACGGCUUUACUUACGCGCAAUCAAACCAUUUGUCAAUCAACACGAUGCCAAUUGGCCUUUUCACUUAACCACGACGGUGAGAAAUUCGAAUAUUUCUUCAAUAUAAACGUGCAGUUCAGCGAUCACACUGGCACUUUGUUAGAAGCACGUCUUUCUGGUGCUAUAGCCGAACGUGUGCUGUUACUUACGGCGCAGGAGUAUCAAACUUUAGGUGACCAGCAAAAGGAAGAAUACAAAUGGAAAUACCUAAUGAAUCACUUUGAGGUGAAGCUAAUUGUGCGAAAAGCGAGUGCUGUGCGACGGCAAAUGAGUGUGCUCGUGGUGGAUAUGAAAGCUGUGGAAAUACCGGAAUUAGCAGCAAAGAUGUGCGUAUUUUAAUAUCAUCCCACAUGUCGCACAUAAUACAUACAAGUAAAUAAAAUAUGAGUU